ACCUGCGUAGACGUGGUUCUGUCUGGUGUGAAAUUGUUAGAGGCACUUGGUCUUGAACCUGGAGAUGGAAAAAAUCACGUGGUCUUGAACUCCAGACAGGACCUGAAAGAAGCAUUCGCUUACUUCAUGGAAAAAGGGGCAGCUGCCGAGCGCUUCUUCAGCGAUGCCGAGUCUUUCCAUCACAUUGCGCGGACAGCCUCUGAGCACCCUGGUGCACAGCUUUAUGUAGGAGGAAAUGCUGCUCUCAUCGGUCAGAAGCUUGCGACAAAUCCAGAACUGAAGGUUCUCCUUUGUGGCCCAGUUGGUCCUAAACUCCAUGACCUACUUGAUGACAAUGUGGUUGUGCCACCUGAAUCCAUGCAGGAAAGAGAUGAAUUCCAUCUUAUCUUGGAGUAUCAAGCAGGUGAAGAGUGGGGACAAGUGAGAGCACCCAAUGCCAACCGCUUUAUCUUCUCCCAUGACCUAUCAAACGGAGCCUUAAAUAUGCUGGAAGUGUUUGUGUCCAGCUUGGAUGAAUUUCAGCCAGAUCUGGUGGUACUUUCAGGACUUCACAUGAUGGAAGGCCAGAGCAAGGAGAUGCGGCAGAGACGACUUAUGGAGGCUGUGGCCUCCAUCUCUGAUAUCCCUACUGAUAUUCCCAUACACCUGGAGUUGGCCAGUAUGACUGAUCAAGAUUUUAUGAGCAACAUUAUGCAUCAG